UCUUAGCUGUAUCUAUUUAGCCAGUUGGAUUCCUUUUAAACAGCACCGACACAGACGGACACAGACAUCAGCAGACUAAAGUGGUGGAUGUGAAAAAUGGAAGAUCGUCGUCUGCAUCAGGUUGACUUCCAAUGGAGAAGAAGCAAUGAGCAUUAUGUCAGUAACAUGCACAUCAAAAUAGAUGAUAUACACUUCAGGAACAAUUAUCUUGAUAAAUGUGUGGAACCAAAUGAUAAUGGAACAUAUCAAGUUCCACAAUAUCCUCGACCGGUGGAAUUCCAUGUGCCCAGAAUAUCUCAUGUCACUGCUUCACAAGGGCUUCAAGACAUUUUGAAAUAUGGUGGGUUCAUAGGAGGAUGGAGGAGUGGCUUCCUGCGAUGGGGACUUGUGAUUGGUCCAGAGGAGAUCCUUAAUGCGGAGCAGAGGUACCUGGAGACACUCUUCCCUGAUCGGAGUCCAGAAGAGAAAGAAAGACAGGAGCCUUUCCUGCGCAAGUUCACCACCUCUCCUGAAUUCGGGGACGCGUCUCGCUAUGGAAACUUCCGGUUCACUUUCUCACUGGCUGAUGUUCUGCAGAUGUACAGCACACAAUUCUGUAGAGAACAGAGGCCUGUACUUAGGGUUUAUGAGACUGUAAUCUUCAGGCAGUUGGUCAGGUAUAUUGUGCUGAUUCAUAGCCCGGAUGUUCAUGAUUACGAUGCUUACCCAGAGCUGGGUGAUAAUGAUGAGGGGGUGUGUACUUACAGGGAUGGUGAGAUCAUCUGGCAUGCUCAAGCCAUCUCUGGAACACACAGGUUCAGACUAAUUGAGAACAGAGAGGAGAGACAAGUUCAUGUAGAUGAAGUUGACGACGAAUUCUAUGUGUGGGACCAUGUGACCCUGGCCUUUCAUAUGCCCAGGGGAAAGAUUCUACGAUUUCCACGGGAGAAUCUCAAAGGGGUCCUUUCUACAUGUCCUAAUGGAGACACAGACCUUAACGAGCUAAUUGGGAAAGAGGCUGCAGACAAGAUACUGUCAGAGAUUUUGUAAACUAAUAGCUAUGCAAAGAAUCGUAAGAUUUAGUUUUAUUCUGUAGGCAGGGAUCGCCAAGGCUAUCAAUCACUCUUUAUUAUCUUAUAGUUUAAGAAUUUCAUAAAUGAUUAAUGAUGUAUCUCUAUUA